CGUCUCACUCUAUUCUGUCAUCAGUUACCUCUGUGCUUCGAAACAAAGUUCAUCUAAUCAAAUCUAUCGAAAUGGUUUUCAAGUUCUGCAUCUUGGCUGCCCUCGCGACAGUGGCUAGCUGUGGCCACGCUAGCUCCUCAGCGUACGUGAAGGCAGCUCCAUCGCACGGUCACCCACUGGCAUCUUACGGAAGUUACGGCCACGGAGCCGAGUCUUACGGAAGUUACGGCCACGGAGCCAAGUCUUACGGAAGUUACGGCCACGGAGCCGAGUCUUACGGAAGUUACGGCCACGAGUCGUACCACAACGCGCACCCCAGCUACAAGUUCGCGUACAACGUCCACGACCCUCACACCCAUGACGUGAAGGCACAGGAAGAGACCCGCGACGGACACCACGUCAAGGGAUUCUACUCCCUCUACGAAGCUGACGGCAGCAAGCGAGUCGUCCACUACGCCGACAACGGACACGGAUUCGAGGCUACCGUCCACAAAGAGGGCGGUCACCACCCCGUUUCAGCCCCUGUCCACUACGCUCAGGCGCCCGCCUACCACGCCGCUCCGGUCUACGAAAAGUACUGAAACCACCUAGUCAUCAAACGGACUACGUUUUGCAAUUAAGAACUAUGAAUUCUGGCCCGGUUCAAAAGAACGUAUGUGCCAUUAAUUUCCCUGUG